AAACAAUUUCUCCUAAUUAAUAUCUUCCUUGUUAUGGAAAGAAGUAACUUGUAACAUUCCAGUGGUGGUGACAACAGAAAAAAUCAUUGCGCAAUCCAACGUGCAAAAGUAAAAAUUCAAGCAAACCCAAGUUAAGUACUUGCAACUAUAUCAGUGACAGGAAUUAAAUUAUUUCAGAGCAUAUAAAGUAAAAAAACUCUAAGCAAUUUUCUCAGUUAAUUUUUGUAAGCGGUGCUAGUGAAAGGGUUGAAAAUGAAAUGCUGGCUGCUCCCCUUGGCUUUCUGUUUACUCUAUCGACCAUCGGACUCAGCUGAUGAUGACGAAAGUUCCACUGGAAAUUCGGCAGAAUAUAGCACGAUAGAUUUCUCCAGCUUUCUACCCCCAAUAUAUGAAGCUCCAGUAUUUCAAUACCCAGAGAAACAAGCCCCCCAAAUUCAAGCAUCGCUUCGAGAAGUAUUUCGUCCACCCUCUCUCCAUGAACCCAUCAUAUCGGAAAAGCAACAAAAGGCAGGACAGAACGCAUCUAAGCAAGAUAAUAUUCCACAAUUUCAAUUCUUGAAGCAACAGCCGAAACCAUUCGAACCAGCAAAAUAUCAAGAGUCCAAAAAAAAUUUCGAAGAUUCCCAAAAACGUUUUCAACAAGUUCAACAACAAGAAUACCAGCAACGACAACAAUUCAAAUUCCAGCAGCAGCAACAACCUGAAGUUCUACAAAGAGGAAUAGAACAGUACAAUUUCAAUUUACUACCGCAAUACUUGCAGGAACAAAUUUACCAAGGACGUUUAGCAACACCUGCUACCAUCUACAUAGUCUACGUUCCAAGCCCAGCACCAGUCCAAGAAUUCACGGAUCAUAUUGCACCAGAACCACCUGCCCGACUGAAUCUUCCUCAAAUCAAACAAAAUGCCAACCCCAAGCCGAUGCUUUCCAGUAAUUUCAAAGCAGACCCACCAGAUCAGAUGAUGUACUCAAGUGUUAAAAGCGAAGGACAAUUCGAAUCAAAAGGCCCCAUCGCCCAAGGACAAAAACCAUAUCAACCAAAUUACUAUUCAAGCUUAAUCAACCACGGAUCAUACCAAUCGAAAUCUUCGUUCCGUUUUGGUAGAAAAGAUUCAUUCGACAAGAGACCUGCAUCUACUCACAUGUAUCCUGUUCAUCCCAGAUCUAUUUCAAAAGAAGACUUAAAAGUAAUUGUCGAAAAUGCCCACAAUUAUGCUUUAUAUAGUCAAAUCAAAAAGCCAAUGCAGCCACCCACCUCAGCGCAAUAUUUCACAAGGAUAUAUCCUGUUUCCGGUGAACAAGGUCAAAACAAAAACCCGAAAUCUUUUCUUUCUAAAUAUAAUUUUAUAAAAUGAGACUUGAGUCAACUUGUGUCAAGUGAUUUCGUCCUAGAAAUAAGGAAAUUUUCAUAUUUAUUAAAGGACAUAGGAAGUAA